AGUAAAACGGAUUUCUGGCCUCAAAAGCACUACAAUGAAUGGAGUAGAGUGAGAGAGCUUGUUGGGGAAUCAGCAGAGGAGAGUCGUCGACUGCAAUUCCAUGGCAUUGAUCUAUGGAGUCGCCUCUCUGCAGUCGAAGCCUUCACCUCCAACACCUCUUCUUCCAAAACACAGAAAUCUCUUCUUUAAGCUUUCCUCCUCGCAAAGCCCACCACCCGCAAACCAGCUUUCUUCUUCUUUCAGAGCUGCUGCUCGAUCAGAAGGAACAGGAGGAGGAGUAAAAGAGGAGGACCCUCCUGAUUUCACAGUGUCUUUUUCUUCUGCACAAACUCAGCUGGAUCUCUUGGAACAGCUGACUUCCACCAGCUCUUCUAGUGAUGGUUAUGAGAGUGAUGGGAGCUCUCUGAAACCUACGAUUCGUGAUCAGCUCUCUCAGUUAGUUGGAGACAGAGAAGGAGAGGAUUUCAGUAUUCCAUUAGGUAAAAAUCUAAAGAAGGUGAGCCCAAAAUUCUUAACCAUAUCACAGAAGAGAAACAUCAAAAGGCAGGCAUACUUGAAUGAAGUGUCUCAGAGGAAUGAUACAGUUUUCUUUGCCACAAUUGGAGCAUUUGUAAUUCUUCCCCCACUUGUUAUAUUAGGGAUUGCUGUAUUAACUGGUUAUGUACAGUUUUUUCCAUGACUUGGAAUCAUUAGUUCAUAUAAGGAAUUAGGAAAAUUUCUGCAAAUACGUAGAUUUGCCAUGUCCAAGUAAUUAGGCUUCUUUCAAGAUAUAGAGGACUGUGAGCACCUGUUCUCUGAUCUAUAAUAUGUGAGAAGAAGCUAUAUCUUUCAAUGAGAACAGAUAGUAUGAAUAGGCAUGACAUAAUUCCCUUAUGAUUCUCUGUCUACCAUUUUUGCAACUUUGAAGGAGAAUUUUCCGUUUAUGUACGGAAGCUAAAUCCUUUUCCAUUUUUUCAUGAUUCUCUUCUUUCGAUCCAUGAGAAAGCAUAUUAUGUACUCAUCAUUGUUGUAGAAAAAUGUCAUUCCUCCACUUUCUCAA